AUGACUACUCCCCAGGUCCCCAAGGCUGAUGCUGACCUUUGGCUGGCUUACGGUGUCAAGCUCAAGAACACUUUCGCUCAAUCCAUCACCCUGAGCGGCAAUAACCGCUUCUACGUCGCACCACUCUCUUAUGCAGGUAUAGCGGCCGGCACGAAGGUGAACCCAGCCAUCACUAACAACGGCGUGUAUGUUAUCGGUGACUCGCUUCUGAGCCUCGACGAGCCAGUCUUCCUUCCUGGCCAACAGAGCUACUUCCAACGAUGCCUCUUGUACCCUAACAGCGUCGACCUUCACUCGGAUAAGAAUAUUGGCGCCAAGUUUCGAUACAAUGAUGCGCAGAAAGCCGCCCAGGCAGCGCAGAAGUCGUAUCAAGACGUCAAAUAUACCGCCAUUGCGGCCUGGAAGCAGGAUGUGACUGACCAGAUCAUCUCUGACUCCUUCCCUCAGUGGUGCAUCCAGAACUAUCCUAAAUUAACAUGGGCGCAGACCUCUAGUCGCGCUGCCACCGCUGCCGCAGCUGCCGCUUCUUCCGCCCUGGAUGACCCAAUGGCUCCCGUCGUGAGUCAAUACCAGUCAAGUCUCAAUGCCGCCAAUGGCACAACUGCAAUCCCUGGGUGA